AUGACCUACUUCGAGAGUUUGAACUUUCGGAAGUAUUACAUCGCCGUUAGAAUCGAAUUCGUACGUCAUCGUCGGAGGUGUUUCGUCUGCAGCAUCAUCUUCGGACGUUGUCCUCGGAAGUGUAUCGUUUUGGAAGUUGAUGCCAUGUCACUUGAAAAAUCCACUUUGGACGUUAACGGCGUGUUGCUUGAAAAUUCUGUUCCAGACACCGUAUCACUUGUAUGUUUUAAUCCGGUCGUUAACUUUAUGAGGCACAGAACGAUGAAAAACAGUCUGUUUUCAAGCCACAUAGUGUACCAAAACGGUACCAAUACUAUUGCGAUUGCCUUUGGUGCGUUAUAUUGUUUUUACGUCAUUACUUGCGUUGUGCACGUUGAAUACUGUUUGUUCAAUAAACAUAGCAACAAAUUCGUUCGAGGCACUGUACAUCUGUACUUACCAGACACGUUAAACAAAGUAUUGGACGACAAAGACAUUAUAUGA